CGAUUGGAGUGGUGUUUGUGUGGUGCUGUUCUGUGACCUGCCAUUGAAAGAUGAGCCAGGCAAAGCGUUGCUGUCCAUAUGAUUGUUCCCUCGAGGAGCUGGAAGAGCUUGAAGCCGAGUUCAAACGAAGACGAUUGGAAACCAGAAGGGCUUCUGCCACUGCUACAUGUAGUACUAACUGUUAUCUAAGCAUUGCAAGUGCACGUGAGAUUCUCUCUCAGUAUUUGCUGCCAAAGCACCAACUAGCAAGCAGAGGUGAAGCGUUUCAAUCAGAUCAUGCAAUUGUACUCCUUCGGCAACACCCAACAUUGGCAACCAAGUCCUUUUCUGGCAGAACAGUGAUUUCAUUUUUCUUGCAGCAUGCUGGCGCUUCUACUUCAGUCAUCCAGGAGCUUUGUGACCUGUGGAAAACCACGAACCCUCGACACGAAGACGACGACAAUUGGCUAUCAGCUGGUUUUGAUUAUAUGCCUAACUUGGUGGCUGAUGCUUGUGUGUACUGCUCAUAUCAUGAUACAAUCAAAGUUGUGGCUGAAGAGUUUCCAGAUCAAACUAUCGAGAAAAGGUACAAUGCAACUCCAUUGGAAUUAUUUCUCAUGCGAUGCUGUGUUGCUGCCGACCCGACUGAUUGUGAGCCACCUCUAGAUAUUCACCAAGCAAACCAAAUCUUCCAAGUGAUGAUUGAGUGCACUCAAACAAUGGAUCCAGGUGCUGACCACAUUGAAGACGUUGUUCUUGGUGCUUAUGGUGAUGCAUUUUGUGAUCUUUUUGCCAAGACACUGUCCAAAACUACUACGAAGAGAUCACUAUCCAUUGAAGAGCAGUUUAAGUUCUGGGAUGAAAAGGCCAUCCACCGUGCCAACCUAUUCCUUCCGAGACUAAACAGCUUUAAGCUGGCAGGCAUUGAUGCUGAUGCGAGGCUAUUCCAAUCCACUUUGAACAUGUUUUGUGAGGUGAAGCCGGCCCUAUUGAAAAAAUUAGAGCUUCCUGUGUUUUAUGAAAUCCUCCACCAGACAGAGAACCAUCUGUUUGUCAAGGCCACACAGUCAUGCCCAAAUCUGGAACACCUGACGUUACUACCGUUUCAAGAUGAUGUGAGUUCUACAGACGCCAAGGAUGCACGGGCACUAUGCAUGCUUUGCAAGGAUACCCUUCUUGGGACCGACGGACUUGAAUCCUUUACUGUGGAAGUGCUUCCACAUACUGAUGGAGCAGCACUGAGCGAGCUGCUGUGCGCUGUUUUCGUCACGGUCAAAUCAUGCGAUCUUACGUUGGCAUUGAACCCACCACGGUAUGAUGAUUCUUGGGUCCCUUUUGAGAUCCCACCAAAUAGCAAACUUCAAAGUUUGGCCCUCAACUCUAAAUUGGGUGCGCAGACCAUGAUAGGUAUUCUUGGCAACCUCUGCGGAUUGGAGUCUUUGACAAAAUUGCAGCUGUCUCAAGACCAACGAAAAGUUGAUAUCAACAACGAACUUGGAGCUCUCUUGACUCAGAACCAACUUCAAUCUCUCCAAAUGUGGGGGUGUGAUGGAGUCAGUCUUCAGUUCAUAACCAAAGCUCUAGAAGAGGAUUCCUCAAUGAAGACACUUUGGCACUACCAUUCAAGAGAAUCUACUGAGAGCCUCGAGAACUUUGCCAACAUGAUGGAACACAAUGUUACUCUUGAGGACGUGAUGUUAGGAUAUCCCAGUGAAUUUGAAAAAGAUCCUUACUAUUCCCAAGUGAUCUACUGGGUCAAAUGCAACAUGUGCGGGAGAGGAAAGCUGAGCGAUCCAAGCUCAAGAAUAGAUUCUCUGGUGGUUGCCUUAGAAACUGCUACAAGGGAGCACCCUGGGGAGCCUGACAAUCUCUGGUAUGGGCUCCUUCGAGUUAAUCCAGGACCUUGGGCAGACGCAGCAUUGGCUGGAUUCUACAUUGAAAACCAUCACUUGAGACCCAAAUUCUGGAGAGAAUCUUUGGCAGCGGUAUGAUCAUACCGCCGGUAGCUUGAAAGUUUCAGUGCGUAGCACAUGCAGUAACUCCCAUAAGAGAUAUGGUUUUCUUUCAUGAGAAAACUCGCUUGCGACACCGUCCAGUGCUCUCGAAAU